AUGCAAUUGAAUGCCCCCCGUUUCGGGGCUUGCAUGCUGAUACUCCUACAGAGUCUUCAUCUCGUGCAGGCCGAGAGACUCAUCUCAGCGGAGGGUCUGACCAAAUGUUCCGACAGUUCCGAAGUCCAAAUUAACAACUUUAACGCCGUUUUCACCCCGGGCAAUUCCUCGAUCAGCUUGAACUUCGAUGGCUACUCUUCUGUCGCAGGCGAUGUCCUCAUCGAUGUGGAAUUGCUGGUCUACGGUUACAAGGCCAUGACCAAGACGCUUGACCCGUGCGAUCUCGAGCUGUCCGUCUUUUGUCCUAUGAAGGCCAUCGAGCUGCAGCUCCCCACAAUCACCCAGACCCUGGGUCAGAGUGUUCUCUCUCAAAUUCCCAGCAUCGCCUACACCGUCCCCGAUCUCGACGCCGUCAUUCGCAUCAAACUCAAGUACAAGAGCGGUUCCGACAAGGGUAAUCAGAUCACCUGUUUAGAGACCAGAGUUCACAAUGGGAAAACCGUCUUUCAGGCCGGUGUGGGUUGGACCCUCGCCAUCAUCACCGGCGUAGGUCUGAUCGCGUCCACCGUGAUCUCGCUCCUCGGCCAUUCGAACACCGCGACCCACCUGGCGUUCCGGUCCCUGGCUUUCCUUGGAUUCAUCCAGUCACAAGCCAUGGCCGGUAUGACGGCAGUCAACAUGCCGCCCUUUGUGCAAUCUUGGACUCAGAACAUGCAGUGGAGUAUGGGAAUUGUACGAGCGAACGCUCUUCAAACAAUUGCGACUUGGUUCCAACGCGCAACGGGCGGAACUCCUUCGAAUGUCUUGACCAAUUCGGAAAAUGUCUCCUUGGUUCUGCAGAAGCGGGGAUCGAUCGCAGCCCGAGCGACCACGACCGGAAGCCAGAUGAUUCUCCGUGGCAUUGAAAGAGUAGGAAUUCGGGACAAGAUUGAAUUGACAAAUAUCUUCAUGACCGGAUAUCUGUUCUUCUACUUUGUCGUCGCGCUCGUCGCUGCUUGUGUUGGGCUCCUCCUCCUUGUCCGCGCCAUCCUGGCCAAAAAGCCGACUUCGCUUGAGAAGCUCGAUCGCGCAAUGGGUGUCACCCAAGAUUGGAAGACUAUUCUCCGCAACACCUUCUUCCGAUUGGCAUGCAUCGGGUAUCCCCAAAUGUGUGUCCUGUGUCUCUGGGAGCUGACCCGCCGCGACUCGGCCGCUGAGAUCGUCUUGGGCAUCACCAUGUGGCUGGUGACGACAGGCGUGCUCGCAUUUGCCGCAUUCAAGGUUUUCCAGCGGGGAUUGCGAUCCAAGCAGCAACACAACACAGCUGCGUACACGCUUUAUUCCGACCCAGCGACUUUGAACCAGUGGGGCUGUCUGUACAUCUACUACCGUGCUCCAGUGUACUACUUCCUCGUCCCCUCUUUGGUGUAUAUCAUUGUGAAGGGAAUGGUCAUCGCCUUUGCGCAAUCAAACCCAGUCGCGCAGACUAUCGUCCUUCUCAUCCUGGAGCUUUGCAUGAUGCUCGCAGUCGGUAUCAUCAAGCCGUUCAUGAGCAAGGGUGCCAAUGUCGUCGCCAUUGCCACGGGAGUACUCAACUCCCUCAACACCAUCUUCCUUCUGGUCUUCUCAGACGUUUUCGAUCAACCAGACCUCAUGACUGGAAUCCUCGGCGUCCUCUUCUUUAUCUUCAACGCCAUCUUCACUCUCGUCCUCCUCAUCUACCUGCUGGUUGGACUUGUGUACGCCAUAUUCUUCAAGAAACCAGACACUAAAUACCGCUCUCUCGCCGAUGACCGCGACUCCUUCCGCUGGUCUCGCAACAACACCACCACUGAGCUUUCUUCUCUCGAGAAGAUUGCCAGGGGAGAGGAUGACACUGAGGCUCACCCUCACCACCCCGCGCGUGUUGCUUCCGCCCCACCCAGUGAUGAGGAUGUCUCUAUGGCAGCCAGACGACCCUACAACGAUGUAGUGGAUCCCUCCCUUCCACUCUUCCCCACCAGCUACGACCCCGGCCGCCGAAGGUCAUAA